CCACCAUUUUUUUCCCUCUCUUUCUCCACCUUUCUCUCACUCGUACGAUAUCUGCUUACUCACACCUACGAUGCAAUAUCUUCAAAAGUAUGAGGACUUUCUGAUUAAAAAUGCCUCACAAAUUACCAGCAUUGAGUCUUCUCUGCGAUCUUUGACUUAUAUCUUGCCCGGUCGAUUCCAUGACGCUGAAUUUGCAUCUCAAGCAGUGUACGCUGCCAUCAAUCUCGUAAGCUUAUAUCACAAUUCCAUAUUACGACGAGCCGCCAAAGCGUAUGCCGACGAAACGAGAUCCGAAGUAGCUGAAGAAUCGACCUUCAACAAAUAUAUCAAUUUUUGGUCCAGCAAAUCGCAUACCUAUAAGCAUGUCUCGACGUUGCUGUCCGUGAUCGCUUAUACCCAAGUACUGAUGGAAAUGGGGGUUGCAAAGAAGUGGGGUAAACGAACGCAAUGGCGCUGGGUAGCCACACUGGAAGCAUUAAAAGUGAUUUUGAGAUUGAUGCUAUUCAAGUCAAGCGGUCAACGUAUGACCUUGUAUCCUACGCAUUUAGAACGAGAUGUGGAUCCAGCGACAUUGGCAGCCGAUGCAGAAAACGUGUCGGUGCCGCGUUGGACAGGCCGACGUACAGGCAUUGAAAUUCCCCGGAUGGAUUCGACCAUUGAGUUUAACCCAAUGAAGAAGUCCAAGGAUUCCCGCAAAUUCGAUGAUAUCAACGACUAUCUUAUGUCCAAAGUAUUGACGCCUGAGAAAUUGCAAAAGCCUGGUCAAAUGGUUCACACGAUGCAUAAGCUUGGCGGGCUAGGCGAAAUUCUGUAUAUACUGCGACCACUUGUUUAUGUGUUGGCUAUUAUGCGAUACGGCAAAAGAUCUUGGAAACCGUGGUGGGUGUCAUUGCUGGUUGAACUGGCUUCCCAGGCAGCGUUGCGCAAAGAAUUUGAUCAAGGCCCCGGUCGACGCAGCAAUAUGAAGCCUUUGGAAAAGCAAGAACUGUCAAGAAGAGCUCAUUUGUUGUGGUUUAAUCUAUUGCGAGGAGCAUUCUAUACCAACAUUACAAGACCUCGGCUGGAACGUUUCUGUAAUCGUGUGGAAGACAAGGCACUUAUAUCUAUUGUGGGAAAUGUCAUUCGUACCUAUUUACCGCUGUGGGAAAAUGUGUAUUUUUAUACAUCAUCGUCAUAAUAAACAGAUUAAUGACCCUAUUGUCAGGCUAUAAAAAAAAAAGAAGGGCAAACAAAUGAUGAGGGGGGACUUGAUUACCAUUUUUAGACAUGCCGAGAUUUUUGAUCCAAGUCUCCAUGCCUUGGUUUCAUCUGGAAAUUUACUACAUCUCGCAAC